AUGUCGUUUGCUCUCUAUCUUCGCAAGUUCACCGCAACCAGUGUUCCCGAGUUCGUCGUCCGUCCGUGGUCUAUGAUUCGUUCAAUUUCUUCCCUUUGCCCCGACGAUCUCCCCUCUUUGUUGCAUUUGCUUCGUUUGGUACAAGGCCGCGCAAUCAACUUCGACCAGUUCUAUGUCUCUCUGACUCAGCUGAGCAUGUUUGCCGAACUCGUGAAUCCCGACUCUAUCGCUCGUCUGCAAAAGCGGAAAUACCGCUUGCUCAUUACCUGGUGUCGCACCAGUGACACUUCCCCUUUUCACUCGAACGCUCCAUAUUCCGCGAAUUUCUAUCUCACCUACGAUCGUUUCGACGGCACAUCUCCACUUGAAGCACUUGCGUCAUUCCUUUUCGAUUUCUUCCAUAAGUGGGGUCGUAUUCCUGUGGUGCGGCUAGGGUUUGUUGCGGACGCGCAACGGGCCCACAUUGGCGGUAUAAUUCUCUUCAACAGGGGCGGCAGAUUUGUAUUUGCCGCAAUGAUGCGGUGGUGUCGCUACAAGGCACCGGCGACCAUGAUCUAUGGCUGGCCUGUGACGGCAGUUGGCAGGAAUGCGACCCUUCGAAACCCAGUUUACCUCACGCUCGCUUUUCGCGCUGGCAGGUUUGUCCACGUCCUGUAA